CUUCCUUCACAGCAGAAAGAAUCAAAUGGAAGUAGCCUCCAUUUCCACAGAUGAAGGGACAUUAUCAGCAUCACAGAAUCACCUCAAUUUCACCUCUUUAGGGUUCCUCUUCUAUUAUGAAUCCCAACUCCUCCGUUCCAUCUGCAGCAAACCCAUCAAUACCCAUCCUAUUCUCCCUCAACCUCUGUUUUUACGUUGUCACCUAGCAUGCUCAAUUCCAACGGGAAGAAGGAAUAGGAUUGGGAAAGGGAAUACAGUUUUGAGGGUGCUUGCGGUGGAGGAAGUGGUGAAUGCAAGGUACGGAGUGAUUGAGCAGUCGGCAUUGUUGUUGAGGAAUGCGUGGCCUAAGGUUUCACGGUUUGUAAGAUUUUCAAAGACCAAGGUGUGAUUCUGACCGCACUUUAGGUCUAUCUGCAUUAUUCUCAAUGGCACAGACUUCUAUCACUACACUUGUGGCCAUGGAAUGUUUGCUUUCUUUGUUUGAUGAUUGAUGAUUCUUGUAAUUAGUGAAUAGCAAUUGAAAUUUGAAUUUUGUUCCAGGCAUUUGACUUUCAGACAACUUUGAGAAACGAACCAUUCUUGCAGCUUUUCCAUUCUCUAUAUGUAUAUCCUUUAACUGUGAGCUUGAGUUGGAAAAGGAAUCUAUUCGAAGGAGUUGAGCUAAGAAAGGAUGAUGCAGUUGUUUGUAGACAACCUUUGGAGGUAAAAUUGUUGAGUGAUACUUUGCAUUAUGAUUUUAAACUCAUCUUAUUGUUCUUUCUGUGUUACUGAUAUAUGGCUAAGCAAUGUAUCCAAGGGAACCUGGUUUAUCACUUCAGAAGUGGGCUCACACGCAAGUUGCUGUUGGUGCUCGGGUGGCCUGCUACCAUGAUGAAAUUAAAGUUUCUCUCCCUGCUGUUUGGACACCAUUGCAUCACCUUAUGUUCACUUUCUUCCAUGUUGAUCUUCAAAUGAAAUUAGAAGCUCCAAAAAUAGUAGUAAUUGGACAUGCAGCACUUCCAUUAUCCACCCAUGCACAGUAUGCAACUGCUUUAUGUUUGUCAUCUUUUGUUUUAUUUCUUUCCUUGAUGAUCUAUUAACUUACAUUAUUUGUUCUGCUACUGGAGUGAUUGGUGUGGUAGUUCAUGGUAUUGGAAAUAAACAGGGGGCAGAAAUAUAAUCACCUAUUCGGU